ACUAACAUCAUACAAAAGAUAUAAAUUAACUGCCGUUUCUCACAAUAUCUCUAUGAGUACACAGUAAACACAGUGGUGGUAUUUGUGUUAGAACAUUCACUCAUUAAAAUGUCUUCUGAAAACGAUUUUUCUGGAAAAGUGGCGCUUGUCACAGGAGGAGGCAGUGGCAUAGGCCGUGCAGUGUGCCAAGUCCUCGCCCGUGAUGGUGCCAGGGUCAGUGUGUGUGACAUCAACCUCAAGUCUGCUGAAGAAACUGUGGCGUCAAUGAAGAAUCCCGGCGAUCACAUAGCACUAUGCAUGGACGUCUCGAGCAAGGAGCAAGUGCAUGACGGGCUGAGAGUCACGCAAGAGAAGAUGAAAGCCACGCCCACUUUGCUCGUGAACUCCGCCGGCAUGGUUCGCCCCGCCCCCUUCCUCGAGAUGACCGAGGAGAGGUUUAUGCAAGUGAUCGAUGUUAAUCUUAAGGGCACCUUCCUCGUGAGCCAAGCCGUUUGCAAAGCCAUGCUGGACCGCGACGAAGCAAAGGGCGGGGCUGUGGUCAACAUUGCUAGCAUCACGGGCAAGUCAGGGUUACCGAGCAAUAGCCAGUAUGCAGCUAGUAAAGGGGGUGUCAUGGCUUUCACGAAGUCCUGUGCGAAGGAACUUGCAAAGACCGGCAUAAGGGUGAACUGCAUUAUGCCUGGGCCCAUAAGGACACCCAUGUUAGCCUUUCCUCAAGAAAUCAUGGACAAAUUCUUGCAGAAAACCCUCUUGGGACGAUGUGGCGAACCUGAGGAGGUUGCUGAGAUGGUUGCCUUCCUGUUGUCGGAGAAAAGCAGCUAUAUGUUAGGCUCCUGCAUUGAGGUGACAGGAGGACAUGAAAUGUAAACAAUACAGCGAGACGAAGCAGGAGAGGUGGCAGACGUAGAAAUUAUAACG